CCCCAUUAUGCACAUACCGUGGACCCCAGGGUGGAUGCGGACCUGAAGUCGGUGGUGUACCCAGUAGGAAUAGCCUACGGAGGAGAGGAGGAGUGGGAGUUUGUCUGGGACCAGUACCUCUCCUCCUCUGAUCCCUAUGAGAAGAGGCUCUUCCUCAGUGCCCUCGGCAAGUCCCGCAUUCCAUGGCUACUCAGUCGCUACCUGGAGUAUUCCAUAGACCCCAGUAAAGUCCGCACACAAGACACCACAACUGUCAUUGCCUACGUGUCAGCCAACGUCUACGGUCGAUACCUAACAUGGAACUUUGUCAGGAACAACUCGAGCCUGUUCUUGGAGCGGCAUGGUGGAGGUUCAUUUAGCUUCUCUCGGCUGAUAAAGUACGUGACUGGGAGUUUCACAACAGAGCUGGAGCUGAAAGAAGUGGAGAGGUUCUUUAGUGAGCAGGGGACCAAGGGAGUGGGGCUCGGGCUGUCAGACAGGCCCUGGAGUGCUGGUCUACUGGACACGCAAGUGGCUCUGAACCUGUCUCAGUACAUCAGAGAUGAGACUGAGUACGUUCCCUGUCUCACUGGCCUCUCCCAGCUGACCUCUCUGGGAAAUAGACUCAGUCUCACUCCUGUCUAUGGAUUAUUCCAGGAGUUUGUGAGAAAUCUGACGUCAGAUUUUGCUAAGAUAUGCACCUUCAACAGAACCACCUCACCCACAUACAGAUGUGAGGACUCAACUUUUUUCAUGAGGACUUUAGUACUGAACACGGCCUGGGCCAAUGGUAAUGAUGAUGUCAUCGACACUGCCACUCAACUCUUCCAGAACUGGAUGAGAUUCAACCAAACGUGAGUGAUGCACAUCUGAUGAUUGCUAAUGUGUAUGUGUGUAUUUUGGGAUCAGAGAUGGGGUAACGUAUAGAACCAAUAUCUACUGGCAAAUCAGAGCGUCGAUAGAGAUGGGGUAACAUCUGGACCAAUAUCUGCUGAGAGUGUCAGUAGACCCUCUAUAUAGGGACGACACAGAUCAAAUCUCAUGUGAUACGUGCUC